AUGGAUGAGGGUGAAACUGUGGCAGAAUACUUUGAUAAAGUGCAAGAAUUGGUGAAUAAAAUGAGAGCAUGCAAGGAUGCAAUUUCAGAUGAGUACAUUGUUGAAAAAAUCCUAAGAACUCUAACCCCCAGAUUUGACCAUGUGGUAGUGGCUAUUGAAGAAGCCCGUAACCUGGAGUCUAUGGAGAUUGAGGAGCUGCUGCACUCAUUAGAAGCUCAUGAGUAUCGCAUCAAUGAGCGCAAGCAGUGCCAAGAACAGGCCCUACAAGCCAGAUCUCAGCUGAAAGGGAAAAAAGGGUUCAAGAAAUGGAGUAAGGGCAGUAAGAAAGGUAAAGAUUCACAGGAACAACAAGGUGAAGAUUCCAGUGAGUUUGUGACAGUGAAAAACCAGAAAGCUGGUGGAGAGUGGAAAUUUGACAAAAAGAAAGUGAAAUGCUACAAUUGUCAAAAACUUGGACAUUAUGCAAAAGAAUGCUGGAAAGGGGAAGGUGCUAAAAACAAACCCAAAAAGAGAGCUAAUAUGGCCCGGAAGGAUGAGUCAGAUUCAGAGGCUGUGAUGCUGAUGGCCAACACUGGAGAGGAACAGCCAGAGAACACAACAUGGUACUUGGAUUCUGGCUGUUCCACCCAUAUGAUAGGGAGGAAGGAUUGGUUUGUGAGGAUGCAUGAAGCUGUACAAGGAAAGAUCCGGUUUGCAGAUGACAAAAGUCUAACUGCAGAAGGGUCUGUACCAGGACUGAAAACAAAUCUGCUUAGCUUGGGACAGCUAUUACAGAAGGGAUAUGUGAUGAAAAUGGAGAACAAUUGUCUCAGCAUUUUCAAUCAGCAUAAGAAGAUGAUUGUGCAGGCUCAGCUGUCACAAAACAGGACAUUCCGGGUGGUAAUGAGUGCAGUAAAACAUCAAUGCUUUACUGCAACAGAGAAUAAAGAGGAAUGA